AUGAGGGAAAUCGUCCACAUUCAAGCCGGACAAUGCGGGAAUCAAAUCGGCGCUAAGUUCUGGGAAGUGAUAUCAGAUGAACACGGAAUCGACCCCACAGGCGCCUAUCAAGGAGACUGCGAUUUGCAAUUAGAACGCAUCAACGUUUACUAUAACGAAGCAUCUGGUUGCAAGUAUGUGCCACGCGCUAUCCUGGUUGACUUAGAACCCGGAACGAUGGAUUCUGUACGAUCAGGACCUUUUGGACAAAUUUUCCGACCAGACAACUUCGUAUUCGGACAAUCAGGAGCUGGUAACAAUUGGGCUAAAGGUCAUUACACUGAAGGUGCAGAGUUAGUAGAUUCUGUUCUCGAUGUCGUUCGCAAAGAGGCAGAGGGUUGUGACUGUUUACAAGGUUUUCAGUUAACUCACUCGCUGGGAGGUGGCACAGGUUCAGGAAUGGGGACAUUGCUUAUAUCAAAAAUAAGAGAAGAAUAUCCUGACAGAAUUAUGAAUACAUUUUCAGUUGUUCCCAGUCCCAAAGUUUCGGAUACUGUUGUUGAACCUUACAAUGCUACUUUAUCAGUACAUCAACUAGUAGAGAACACAGAUGAAACUUACUGUAUAGACAAUGAAGCGUUGUACGACAUUUGCUUCCGAACACUGAAAUUAACAACACCAACUUAUGGGGAUUUAAAUCAUUUGGUAUCAGCCACCAUGUCCGGCGUGACUACAUGCUUACGCUUCCCAGGGCAGUUGAACGCUGAUUUGCGAAAACUUGCAGUAAACAUGGUACCGUUUCCACGCUUACAUUUCUUUAUGCCUGGCUUUGCACCUCUCACUUCGAGAGGCAGUCAGCAAUACCGCGCCUUAAGUGUACCCGAACUUACACAACAGAUGUUUGACGCCAAGAAUAUGAUGGCAGCUUGUGACCCACGACAUGGGCGCUAUCUCACCGUUGCUGCAGUUUUCCGUGGUCGUAUGUCAAUGAAGGAGGUGGACGAACAAAUGCUUAAUAUACAGAAUAAGAACAGCACUUAUUUCGUUGAAUGGAUUCCGAAUAACGUCAAAACUGCUGUCUGUGAUAUUCCGCCACGUGGCCUCAAAAUGUCUGCUACAUUUAUAGGAAACACGACGGCUAUUCAAGAAUUGUUUAAAAGGAUAUCUGAACAGUUUACCGCCAUGUUCAGACGAAAGGCGUUCUUGCACUGGUACACUGGAGAAGGUAUGGAUGAAAUGGAAUUCACAGAAGCAGAGAGUAACAUGAACGACCUUGUGUCAGAGUACCAACAGUACCAGGAUGCUACGGCUGAUGACGAAGGUGAUUUUGAUGAAGAAGUCGAAGAGUGAUUGAUGUUUGUUAUGUCCAGUGUCGCGUUUAUAAAAUUUGUUUUCUCUAGUGUUGUCUGUAUCAGUUUUGUUUUUGUAUGUGUGAAAUAAAUCGAUU